AGUUAGUAAAAUGGAAAAUUAAAAUGCAGCUGAGGGAACACAAAACAUGCCCAAAAUUUCGAGUUGAAAAAGGAAAUUGUUUUUUCUGGUGACAUAUCCAGAAGCAGUCCAACGCGUUUCCUCCUACAGCAAGUAUAUAACUCUACCGAUACCUAGAACUAUCAGAACCACCGGACCACCAAAUUUAACAAAAAUGACUUAUUUAGAGGAAAGAUCAACGGGAAGCCUUUACAGAGGUGCAUCACGCAGAGAGAAACCCAGAGGACGUAAUCAGGGGUUGACUCAACAGAAAAGGCAAGAAAUAAGAGAGGCUUUUGAGCUUUUUGAUACAGACAACUCUGGAACCAUUGAUGCCAAAGAGCUCAAUGUUGCUAUGAGGGCUCUGGGUUUCGAAGCAACAGAAGAGGAGAUCAAUCGAAUGAUUGCAGAAGUUGAUAAGGAUGGAAGUGGUGCAAUUGAUUUUGAUGAAUUUGUGCACAUGAUGACUGCAAAGUUUGGAGAAAGGGACACUAAAGAAGAGCUCAUGAAGGCAUUUCACAUUAUUGAUCAAGAUAAAAACGGGAAGAUCUCUUUUGCAGACGUUCAAAGAAUCGCUGAUGAGUUGGGGGAGCGAUUUACUGACAGAGAAAUCAAGGAAAUGAUAGAAGAGGCAGAUCGUGAUCAAUAUGGAUGUAACUCCUAGUUUUGCACCACUACUCUGGAUCAUUGCUGCAUGUUAAGGUAAUAUAUUGAGGAAGUCUUGUCUGAAAAUGCUGCAGGUGAUGGAGAGGUUAAUGUUGAAGACUUCAUGAGAAUGAUGAGGAGAACGAACUUUGGGCAUUAAAGGAGUUUCAUUCUGGCGCCCUACUGCUGCACCAGAUACAUUUGAGGAUGGAUAUUAUUAACACUUGUUAUUACUUGUACUAUAUAUAAUAUGGUCUUACAGCCUCAGGACGGAUGAUUUUUAUGGAUUAAAAUGGAGGACUUGGAGAACCAGUAGCCAGUUAAUUACUGGAAUGUGUAUUAUUGAAGUUUGUGGUAACAAGAAUUUAUGGUUCGGCA